UUCUUCUUCCAUCUGCACUCCCGGCCUUUCGAUUUCUCUAUCACUGACUAGUGACUGGCAUAUUGUGCACUUUCUUCCAAAAUACUCCAUUAAUGGCGGCACUAGCGAAGCUCGUACUCAAGAGGAGAAACUUCUUCAUUUCCAGAGAAAUUUUGAUCGGAGCUAAAUUCUACACAUCUCAUCCCUUGCCGGAAUCUUCCUUUGCUCAGAGAAUCAGAGAUCUGCCGAAAGAUCUCCCUGGUACUAACAUCAAAAAAGACGCUUCUCAGAUUAUAGGUAAAACACCCCUCGUAUAUCUCAACAAAGUCACGGAAGGUUGUGGUGCAUAUAUAGCAGUCAAACAAGAACAUUUCCAACCAAGUGCUAGCAUUAAAGACAGGCCAGCACUUUCCAUGAUGCUCGACGCAGAAGAAAAAGGCCUAAUUACACCCGGAAAGACAGUGUUGAUUGAGCCGACAUCGGGGAAUAUGGGAAUCAGUAUGGCAUUCAUGGCAGCUUUAAAAGGGUACAAGAUGGUUUUAACAAUGCCUUCUUACACAAGCUUAGAAAGGAGAGUAACAAUGCUAGCAUAUGGAGCCGAUUUGGUCUUAACCGACCCAACUAAAGGAAUGGGAGGCACCGUUAAAAAAGCUUACGAUCUUUUGGAAAAGACACCCGAUGCAUUCAUGCUUCAACAGUUCUCUAACCCCGCAAACACCAAGGUGCAUUUUGAAACAACUGGUCCGGAAAUUUGGGAUGACACCAAUGGUAAAGUCGACAUUUUUGUGAUGGGGAUUGGUAGUGGAGGAACUGUAUCCGGUGUUGGACAAUAUCUUAAAUCAAAAAAUCCUGACGUAAAGAUUUAUGGACUUGAGCCUGAGGAAAGCAAUGUGCUAAAUGGUGGCAAACCAGGACCUCAUCAAAUAACAGGAAAUGGGGUUGGAUUCAAGCCGGAUAUAUUGGACAUGGACGUAAUGGAGGAGGUUCUUAUGGUGUCUAGUGAAGACGCAAUUAACAUGGCCAGAGAAUUGGCCUUAAAAGAAGGACUUAUGGUUGGCAUAUCAUCCGGAGCAAAUACUGUUGCAGCAUUAAGACUUGCUCAAAGGCCAGAAAACAAAGGCAAACUUAUUGUGACUAUUCAUGCAAGUUUUGGAGAGAGGUAUUUAUCAUCAAUUUUGUUUGAGAAGUUGAGGAAAGAAGCAGAAGAAAUGCAACCAGUUUCGGUUGAUUAAUUUAAUAUUGUUAAAAGAUGAUAAACAAUGUAAUAUUUAUGUUUCCCAAACUGAUAAACUCAAUACCAUAUAUCAUGAGUUAUCGAGUUUCAUUACUUCAUAUAUAGAAACCAUGCCAAAAUUGCCAA